CUUUGUAGUGCCUGUAAGUCCUGUGUCUCACAUGGCUGUGCUCCACACCAGCAUUGGCAAGUGGCAAUUGUUGUUUUCUGCUCUCAACACAUCCUCAGCCUUGUCAUAAAAAGAGAGCGACACUCGCGGUGUCACCCUCCACUGAGAUGUCGGUGAUCGGUCGUCGCACCGGUACCGGCGGCGGCCCCCUUGCCCGCGGGGAAGGUCAGCGCGGCGCCCGGCCGGCCUCUGAUGGGACGGCGAUAGCCCCGGACGCCGGGAGGCGCGGCUCGCCGCUCCGCCAACCCGCGGCCGGGCCAGUUUGUUUGGACGACUGAGGCCGCGUGUGCCCGCCGUCAGUGUCAGCUGAGUGUCAGCGCCCUGACAGACAGCCUGGCCGGUCAGAUAGCCGCCGUCUACAACUCACGUGACUCACCAACUCAUCACUCAGCAGGAUGCGUCUGCUGGUGCACUCAGCUCGCCAGGUGGUCCAGGUGUGUGACCAGGGUCAGAGGUCACUCCGGGGAGCCGACAUGGACCGGCUGGCCGUACUCACCGCCGAGACCGACUCGGCCGGACUGGCCGUCGCCGUCGACAGCGAUGGCCGUAUCGCGGCGAUCGGUACCAACAAGACGGUGCUGGCCGCCUACCCGGAGUCGCGCUUUGACCAAGUGGUGGACGCCACCGGACGGGUGCUGCUGCCCGGACUGGUGGACGCACACACCCAUCCCGUCUGGUCCGGCGACCGGGUCGACGAGUUCGCCAUGAAGCUGGCCGGCGCCACCUACAUGGAGGUGCACCAGGCCGGCGGCGGCAUCAACUUCACCGUGCAGCGGACCCGCGCCGCCUGCGAGGCCGACCUGCUGGAGGCGCUGCUGCCCCGACUGCACCGCAUGCUCAUCAGCGGCACAACGUUGGCCGAGUGUAAGUCCGGCUACGGCCUGAACACAGUCACUGAAGUGAAACAGCUGCGGGUAUUGGAGGCGGCGCGGAGUCACACACCCGUCCAGAUCUCCUCCACCUUCUGCGGCGCCCACUCCGUGCCCCGAGGCAAAACGUCAUCGGAAGCCACCAACAUCGUCAUCAAUGAGAUGGUGCCCGAAAUAAAGCGUCUUCAGGAGAGCGGCGAACUAGCUGUGGACAGCAUAGACGUCUUCUGUGAAAAGGGCGUGUUCAACGUCGAUGAGACGAGGAGGAUCCUCCAGGCUGGCAAGGAGCAGGGCUGGCUGAUCAACUUCCACGGCGAGGAGCUGAAUCCGCUGGGAUCGGCUGAGAUGGGCGCCGAGCUGGGUGCCGCCGCCAUCAGUCACCUGGAGCACGUCUCCGAGGAAGGGAUGCGCGCCAUGUCGGCGGCCGGCACGGUGGCCGUACUGCUCCCCACGACCGCCUACAUCCUGAGGCUGCGACCACCGCCGGCCAGGCAGCUCAUCGAGCACGGCGUGCCCGUGGCGCUGGGCACCGACUUCAACCCGAACGCCUACUGCCUCUCGAUGCCUCUGGUGAUGCACCUGGCGUGCGUCACUCUCGGUCUGACGAUGCAGGAGGCGCUGGCAGCCGCCACCAUCAACUCUGCCGCCUCGCUGGGCCGCGGCGACACCCACGGCUCGCUGGAGGUCGGCAAACAGGCGGACAUGGUCGUCCUGGACGCCCCCAGUUGGAAGCACUUGAUUUACCAGUUCGGAGAGGCGUCCAACAUCAUCAGUCACGUGAUCAAGGCCGGUCAGGUCGUGCACAGUCGUCCAGGAGCGGCCGGACCCGGCAGUCAGUUCUGAAUUCUGAAUGAACGAUGGAAACGUGAAAAUUUUAUUGAACGUGGAAGGAACUGUGAACCUUUGCGGUUGAAUGAUUGACAAUUUUAACUUGAUGGUGGCGAAAAUGAGCACAGGAAACCGAUGAAAAUGGAAGCUGAAUGAUCAACAGAGGAAGGAUGUGGGGUGUUGUUUGUUAAUAGGUGUAGCCGGUUAUCAGCUGGCGAUAAACGUUAAAAUAAAAAUAUGAUCCAGCCGUAUACAAAUAAAGAAGCAUUCCACUGAAAGGGACUUUUAUCUAAAGAAACAGACUUGUAUAAUCAACUGUCAUUAAUGACAAAGAUAAGACAAAUUCAUACCGUUUAUUUACAAGUCUUGGGUCGAUCGCGCUGUUGAUUAGUAGCUGUACCAUGUAUUCCAGAGUACAUUAUUUUUUCGGACGCUCCGAGUUGAGUUCAUGAUGCCAUAUAAGUUAUAGUUGUGCCGUGUGCGUUAUAAAAGGCAACAUAACUGUCUAGCAUAGCAUAACUUGUGAGCACUGAACUCCUUUUGAGUCAUCGUGGAUUAUUGGUGACAAACUGAUGAAGUUAAUCUGUGGUAUUAUCUUUGUUUCAUAACAUGUUGGUACUAGGUAUUGACAAUCUAUUUGCGAUUCACA